AUGAUGAAAUGGGAGCGGUUUGUCCUUGUGCCCUUAAUGUCCCCUGGUCAUCUCAUCCCUAUGGUGGACUUAGCUAAAUUGUUAGCACAACAUGGUGUAAUUGUUUCUAUAAUUUCUACACCGCUUAACACCAUCAGAUUCAAAUCAGGUAUUGAUCACUCUGUCAAAUCAGGCCUUCAGAUCAGAAUACUUGAACUCGAAUUUCCAGCUGUACAAGCCGGUAUGCCCAAGGGAUGUGAGAAUAUGGAUUCCUUACCUUCUCGCGAUUCGAUUAAGGAUUUCUUUGUAGCUGCUAGCAUGUUGCAAAAACCAUUUGAAUUAUUGUUCAGUGACCUUAAGCCUAAACCUAGCUGCAUAAUUUCUGGGAAAAACAUGGCCUGGACAGUCGAUAGUGCACGUAAGUUUAGAGUUCCUAGGAUUUUCUUUGAUGGUAUGGGCUGUUUUUCUUCUACAUGCACACAGAAAUUGCAGAGUUCUAAAGUUCAUGAGGUUGUCUCCAAUUUUCAGCCUUUUGUAGUACCAGGUUUGCCUCAUAGAAUAGAGUUGACUAAAUCACAGUUGCCUGAAAAUCUGAAUCCAGGCUCACCAGACUUGGUCGACGUUCGCAAUAAGAUGGUUGCUGCUGAAUCCAUCUCAGAUGGGAUUAUUGUCAAUACU